AUGGGAUGCUAUAAGACGCAAACGCGAUGGGGUGGCACUAUACUGAUCACGCUCGGUUUUAUGUUAGUUACCACGGUGUACGAAGUUAGCGCAGCGGACUCUAUUUGUGAGCGGAUAGAUUUCAACGAUAUCAAUAACUGGAAAGUGCAACAGUGUACCGGAUGGUUUCGUGAAAUUUUUCGUCUGAAAGCAUACGCCUCUUCCCCUUUAUUUCGGCCAUUUCGUGAACGGACAAAUUACUUUCUCUCGAACGAUGUGCGCGGAAUAAGCUGUACGGAGUCAAUGAACAGUUUUUACAUGAAUUCCUUCACGGAAAUACGCAUGAUCUAUCAGCUGAUGUUUAACAGUCCUUGCUUGUUAACGCUUAUGGUGUAUGAUCUGGACGAAAUGAAUAACUACGGUGAGCCUCUGUUGGCUCAGAACUGGACGACUCGUGCCCAAACGUCAACGUGGAGUUUGUUUGUGGGAAAAGUGGAACGUGAAAUUCGUCGUGCGCGAAUUCAACUUCAGGCCGACAUGAGUGCAGACGGGGAACUUGCGAUCGAAUACAUCACAGUGUACAAUCCCCUCGUGCUGGAAGAAUUCUGUAUGAUAUUGGACGAAUUUUAUACAACGCCCGAGCUGAUCACCACUUCUACGAGGCCGACAACAACGUCAACGGUGUCCUAUACUACUACUGCAACAACUACGACUACUAGAAGAACCACAACCACAACUACGACACCAAUGACCACUACUACUACUACUACAACGACACCAACGACCACUACUACUGCAACUACAACGACACCAACGACCACUACGGAGCUGACCACCACUUCUACGAGGCCGACUACAACGUCAACGGUGUCCUAUACUACUACUACUAGAAGAACUAGAACCACAACUACACCUACCAUACCAACAACAAGCACUACUACUACUUCCACAACUACGACACCAACGACCACUUCUACUACAACAACACCAACCACUACUACUACUACAACUACAACUACAACACCACCAACCACUACUACUACAAUUACAACGACUAUUGCAGUCACAAUUCCUGAAACAACGACCACGACUACAAGUUUAAGUACAACUCCAACUACCACGACUACUACAAUACCGACAACUUCGACUACAAAUUCUACUACUCCAACGAUCACAACUGCUGCUUCUACUACUUCUACUAUUAGGACAACUGGAACCCCUAGCAGGACUUCGUCUACAAGCACCUCAACGACUGCGACGACUACUACUACUACUGCUUCCUCCACAACACCUGCUAGCAUUUCCUCGACUACUCCUUUUGUUUCUACCACUUCUCGCUCUAUCACACCAAGCACCACCACAACUACCUUUAGCAGUACUACUACACCCAUUUUUACAACUACAUACACGACAUCUGCUUAUACUCCUAGCCCAGCUACUACAACAACUACCACUACUUCUACAACGGUUUCAACUACCGUUGUUACAGAUAUGACUCCUAGUACGACGACUACGGUACUAGAUACCACAACUAGACGGAGACGAUCGACGACGACCACGUUCAGCGUUACAAAUCCCAGUUCAACUACGGUCAGCUCAACUACGGUCAGCUCAACCGUCGUACCCCAAACACUUCCUGUAACCAAUUCUACAUCAGCAAUUACAACAUUGGGAACUGAAUCUAGUUCAAGCACCACCACAACAGUCAUUCGCACUACAACGGAUCCUAUUGAAAGUACCUUUACAACAAAUAUGCCUGUAACAGUAUCCUCGACGCCCAGUUUUACAACCUCGUCGGUCACGAAUUCAAUGUCAGAUUCGCCCAGCAUUACAACGCCUAUUUGGGAGCAACCUACGACCACAGAGUUUUCGCCAACAAUGAUAACCAAACAGCCCACAACUCUGCCGAUCACAACGCCUGCAAAUGCGUCGUUCGCCUUAUGGAUAGCCCUAAGCGGGGUGUUUAUCGUACUCUUCAUCCUUGCAACUGCUAUCGCAUUGUAUAUCUAUGUGGGAGGAGUCGAGAUCCACCAUGCACUUGGUGGGAUUGGAAGCUUUCUUGCGUGCAAAAAAUCUGACCGAUCAUCGCGAAACGAGGAAAAUUAUUACAAUUCCCAGCAGCCAAACAACUUCGAUCCGGUUGAUGCGUAUUAUAAUCAACAGCUUCAGCAACAGCUCAAGAACAGGAUGCGAUCAAAGUUUAACAGUGUUAGCAGCAUCAGCAACAAUAGUAGCAAAGCAAUUCGGCAAAAGUACCCCAAAGUAAAUGUUGACCCUUAUCGUCAAAUGGCGAUGGGGCCCGAAAAAGAGAUGUCAUUUGAACAUUCCCAGUUCGAGCUGAUGGAUGAUAUCGAUGUCAUUAAAUACAAAAAUAGACUCAAUCAACUAUAG